GCCAGUGGCCGGGGCCGGGUGCUCGCCGGCCCUCCGCUUCUUCAGGGCUCGGGUUCCGCUCGCACAGCGCCGACCCGCCCCGCGGGGCGGACCCCUGGGAUGCUGAGCAGGAGAAGUCCAGCGUCUCAGCCUCGGGGCGUCAGAGGAGAAAGCGGGGCUUUUGCGCGUGAAGCCGCGGUGCGUUCUCGGUCUUCCGGAGGCCGUCUGCGCGUCGAACCCCCGCCAGCCCCGGCCCCGGGUCUUCCUCCGGCGCCGCCGGCGCAGGGCGCCCGGGAGGGUGGGGAGCACCGCGGGAGAGGCGCGACCCGAGCGACGAGGAUGGACGCCGGCACCUGGCGCCUGGGCUGGCGCUGUCUCCUCCUCCUGGCUCUCCUCGGAUCUACCCGGAGUGAGGGCGUGGAGAGCUGCGAAGAAGUUCGGAAACUUUUCCAGUGGCGGCUUGGGGGAGCUGUCAAGGGGCUGCCGGAUGCGCCGCGGGCAGGGCCUGAUCUUCAGGUUUGUACAUCCAAAAACCCAACAUGCUGCAACAGGAAGAUGGAGGAGAGGUACCAGAUUGCAGCUCGGCAAGAUUUGCAGCAGGUGCUUCAGACAUCCAGCUCAACAUUAAAGUUGCUAAUAUCUCGGAAUGCAGCUGCUUUUCAAGAGACCCUGGAAACCCUCAUCAGACAAGCAGAGAACUAUACCAGUAUCCUUUUCUGCAACACCUACCGGAACAUGGCCUUGGAGGCUGCUGCUUCCAUUCAGGAGUUUUUCACGGAUGUGGGGCUUUACUUAUUUGGUGCAGAUGUUAAUCCUGAAGAAUUUGUAAACAGAUUUUUUGACAGUCUUUUUCCUCUGGUCUACAACCAUCUCAUAAACCCUGGUGCGACUGACAGUUCGCUGCAAUACUCAGAAUGCAUCCGAAUGGCCCGCCAGGAUGUUAGUCCAUUUGGCAACAUUCCCAAAAGAGUUAUGGGGCAGAUGGGGAGAUCCCUGCUACCCAGCCGCACAUUCCUGCAGGCUCUGAAUCUCGGCAUUGAAGUCAUCAACACGACAGACCAUAUCCACUUCUCCAAGGAGUGUAACAGGGCCCUCCUGAGGAUGCAAUACUGCUCUCAUUGCCAGAGCCUGAUGCUCAGUAAGCCCUGCAUGGGGUACUGCCUCAAUGUCGUCAGGGGCUGCCUGGCCCACAUGACAGAGCUUAAUCCACACUGGCACGCUUACAUUCGAUCCCUGGAAGAGCUGUCAGAGGCGAUGCAUGGAACCUACGACGUUGAGCACGUGCUCCUGAACUUCCACUUGCUUGUUAACGAUGCAGUGCUGCAGGCUCACCUCAACGGGCACAAGUUACUGGACCAGGUGAAUAAGAUUUGUGGCCAUCCAGUGAGAACAACAACACAGAGCCCCCGCUGUACUUUUGAUCCAAGCAAGGAGAAGCAUGGAAUGAAGAUCUCUGCAAGGAAUGGUGAAGAGACACUUGCCAACAGAAGAAAAGAAUUCAUCAAUAGCCUUAGACUGCACAGGUCCUUCUAUGGUGGCCUGGCUGACCAGCUCUGCAUUAAUGAAUUAGCUGCUGCUGAAGGAAGGCCCUGCUGGAAUGGAGAGGAUGUGGUGAAAAGCUAUGCUCAACGUGUGGUUGGAAAUGGAAUCAGAGCUCAAUCUGGAAAUCCUGAAGUCAGAGUCAGAGGAUCUGACCCCGUGAUAAAUCAGAUCAUUGAUAAACUGAAGCAUGUUAUCCAGUUGUUACAGGGUAGGUCACCCAAGCCCAGCAAGUGGGAGCUCCUUCAGCCGGGCAGUGGUGAUGGCGUGCUGGAGCAGGCUAGUGGAGACUGUGAUGACGAGGAUGGCUGUGGAGGAUCAGGAAGUGGAGAAGUCAAGAGGACGCUAAAGAUCACAAACUGCAUAGGUGUUUUCCUAUGUGUACAUAGAAUUUAACACCUGGGAAUCCGGUGUCAGCAAAAGCUAGAAGGACAGGAACUCCACAGUUCAAGAAACUGUGAACAAGAAGAAACUGUGAACAGAACAAGAAAAUUUGAACACAGGGAACUUCCCAGAGACUCAUACUCCAACCAAGGACUCUUCAUGGAGAUAACCUAGAACCCUGACA